GAUUACCUCUGCGCCGCUUAUUCCCGUGACGAUCGCAACCCGCUACAUGUCACGGUACGCUUCUCUACAAACAUGAACGCAGGGACGCAAAAGAGAGGAACUAUCAGCAGUCCUGAGGGCACCGACAUACGUUCAGGACGGGAUGUUGAAAGUUACCUAGGUACCUUACUUACCUUACCUUACCUGUCUCUCCUUCGUUCAAACCCACCAUGUCUUCAUCUACGGCCCGUCGCACAGUCAAGUGCAAAACAAUCGACGGAAUUGCACUGGAAGCAUGGCUCUGGGAGGUUGCAGGCCCAGCGCCCGCCAUUAUCAUGACGCACGGCCUUAAUUGCGUUAAAGAAUGGAGUCUUGAUGAGACAGCUGAGGGCUUCCAUAAAGCAGGCUACAACGUCCUCCUGUACGAUCCAAGAGGCAUUGGAGGUAGCGAGGGCGUCCCCAGAAACCAGCCGGAUCCGUGGCAGUACGCCGAGGAUAUUUCAGAUGUCGUCAGCUACGUUAUAACAUUACCGACUGUCGACCCCCAUAAGAUCCUACUCUGGGGUAUCUCCUUUGGCGCUAGUGUGACGGCAUGCGCUGGCGCCGUUGAUCCUCGCGUGACAGCCAUCCUGAUGGUCGCACCGAUUUUCAAGUUUAUUCGACCGGACAAGCGGAAGAAACUGUUUACACAGCUGAUGAAGGACCGUCGGUCUCAGUUGAGCGGUAACGAGCCCUUAUACCUACCUCCUUACGACAGCAAUGGGGAAAAUCCAGCAGGCUACGGCGGCUCCGGAGGACCAUGUGCCAAGGAGGCGUACACGUUGAUGGAACUCGGUGCCCAGCGCUAUGGAUACCGUAACCGCAUCACCCUUCAGACAUUCCACAAACUGGCACUCUUCCGUCCCCAGGACUUCUUGCAAGAGAUGCUAAACAACACGCCGGUCAUGAUGGUCGUGCCAGAGAACGACACAAUGUCUUUACCAGUGGAUCAGGUCGCAGCGUUUGACUGUUUCAAGUGUCCGAAACGACUACGCAUGGCCAGUAAUAAAGGCCACAUGGAUAUCCUAUCAGGAGAGGGAUCCACGGAGAACCUGUCUGCCAUGAUAGAGUUCUUCAACUCGGUUUCAAGGGAGGAUCUUGUAUAACUAGCCCCUCCAAAUAGCGUCGCUACUACAAUUUCCAUCUCGCUGCAGUGGGCGCAGCACGUACGGCCAUUGGCGUGGAUUAGGAUGCCGUCUGAUUUCUGUUAUCGCAACAUGAACAGACGAGGGCGAUCUCUCAUGUUGAAGGGAAAGAGGCAUCCUCAUUUUGACCGUUUGCUGAGUAGUGGAGGCCAAUUUCUAUACCAUGAAUAAAAAAUAAUCUUUGCUCUCUACC